AUGUCUCCAACUCCCUUGAUCAUGAUGGUCUUUGGGGACCGUCGUCGUCUCACCGCCCGUCCAGACACCUACCGCCAACUCAUGGAUGACGCUCGGAAUGCCUUUGGCAGCAAAGCAAUCAACCUGACCGUUCAUUGCACUCCGAAGUCUGGAGAACUGGAGUUUGAACUUGAUCAGUCAGCCUACAGAGUGGUCGAGGACGGUUGGGUCCUUCGCUUGGAGUCAAAGCCUGCUCCAACCAUUAAGCUCGAGGAUGAAUCCCAGGAAGCGCCCAAGCGGAAGCGAGCAUGCCCCAGUGACAUCGCCAGGUCAUCUCGGCGGCUCAUGAACGUCAUUGUCAUGACUUUAACUGGCAAACCCGUUCGGUUGAGCAUCUCGACAGCUGCCACCGUCGCAGACCUCAAAUCUGCCGUAGAGGCCGCAGAGGGCAUUCCCCUUGACCAACAGAGACUUAUCUACCGUCGUCAUCAAAUGGAGCCGAAAAGAACGUUGAGAAGUUACUCCGUCAUUGAGAACGAUACUAUUCAUCUAGUUCUCCGUUUGAGAGGUGGCAAACCGGCAAUCUACCUAUUGUCGCCUACCCAACUUAACAACGUCAGUGUCAUGGUCAACCUAUCUCACCAUUGGAGCUUUUCCAACGUCUACCCACUCGUCAAGGGGGCUGUUGGUCAGAACGACGUCUCUUGGCAGGUUUCUGCCAAACCGGAUGGUACUCUGAAUGAUACUGCCACAGGCGUCGAAUGCAGCUACCUGUUCUGGGAAGCUGAUGCCUUGGCCGAUCCAUCAUCCAAGGUCACAGAGACUCAUGGCUUCAACCCCCAGAAUCCUCUCGCGUACUUUGCUAACAACUACGUCCUUUCCUUCGACGACUUCGUACCCUACCUUGAUCAGGCCCUCACCAGCCUCACCCUCACCCCGGCGAUGCGGACCGAGAUGAUUAUAUACUGGCUUCCCAGGUUCCGGUCAAUCCGCGACAGAGGCUUCCAGAUCGCAUUUAACUUCAUCCCGCAGACUGAUUUCGAGAAAGCGGCCAAAUUGACCGUUACUCCGAGUCCUAGCACCGUCGCCAGAGUCUUUCUCGUCUUCAGAGGCGUAGUCGGUGGUAAGGACGAAGAUAAUCGUGCGAGACUGGAGAACUUGGACUGGCCCAGUAUGGUCGGCAUCGACGUGGACGGGAUGGAGGACCAGAGAAAGUUCCGCGUCAUGGAGUGGGGAGGUAUGGAGGUGAACAUGGAGGUCGCAUGA